CUCAUCUACGCUCUGGCGGCUCUUCCAGCCAUCGACGCAUUCAAAACGCUGGGAAUCAGCAGAAACGGCCGCUGCGGUGCCGACUUUGGUCUCACCUGCAAGGGUAGCCAGUACGGCAAUUGCUGCUCCCAGUAUAACUAUUGUGGACGUUCUUCCGACUACUGCAGCCCCAACAAGGGCUGCCAGCCUGGUUUCGGCGAUUGCAGCGGC